AUGAACGCCAUAGUGACUUCUUUCCUUUACAAGAUGUAUGACAACAAAGACAAGGUCCCUUGGCUUCCGUUCACGCAAUUUUUGAGGACCAUUGCACAGCGUCCUGAUCUGGCUUUACUUGUGAAGGAUGUGCGUGUUCGAAGGUGGAUGACGGAGCGAUGCAAGGCGGAGGCGGAAUUCGGCAUCGCGCGAGGACAAGGCACAGAUACCUCCUUCAUGGACGUACUUUCUUAUCAGGACCAGGUGUUGUUUGUAAAUGUGGCGAAGCAGAUAGGCCUCAUUGACGCCCACGCUGAUACCGGAGAGUGGGAUAUGGAUUCUACAGAAAUUAGGUAUAGUGCAUACAUUGCAGUCGAGUAUUAUGACUUCAAUAAGGCGGAUUCUGACGCAGAAGAUUCGAAUACGGGAGGACUUCCAGCGGAUGCUGGUGAAGAGGAGGUUGCGGAAGUGCAGGAGGAGAAUGUAGAUGAGCAAGGCGACAAUGACGAAGAUGAGAACGACGGCGGCGAUGAAGGUGAUGGAACCGACGAGGACUCCGAUUCAGAUGACUCCGCUUCUGACUCGGAUGCCAAGUUGGAGGCCGAUGCAUAUGUGGUAGACAUGCCUUCAGACGACUCGGAUGAUGAGGAUGGCCCCGACCCUACGGACGAAGAAGCGCACCGAAUCAGGGCUGCACGAUAUCUCAGAGAGCGAUGGGCAGACGUACGGCUAAGGCGGGACGCAGAUUGGCCGAGAAUGCUCUACACCAGCGUUGAAGAUGCAGAACUCGUCCUAUUGCUUGCCCUGCUUCCGAAGCUUGAAAAGCUCCAACUAGAUGGAAUACCGAACACCCCGUUUCUUUGCUGGAAGUCGUUCGUUCAAGAGUCAUCGGAUAGUCUGAAGUGUCUCCAGACUCUCAAUAUCAAUGUGGGAUCUAAAGGGUCUGCAAAAGCUCUGCUAAGCGGUUGCAAAGCGUUAGAGACAUUUGAAUUCAGUCGCCACAAACAUUAUGAGCGAAUGACAUUACAGGCUAUGGAUGACGCAAGCUUUCAACCGAGAUCUGUCAUAAAAAUGCUUCAAUCACAGCGGCAUUCCCUAAAGAAUUUGAGGAUUGAACAUCGAUACAGAUCUCCGGGAUUUGGAGCAGGAGGACCUCUAUUUUUCUAUCCGUCGGCAUCUGACGAUGCACAUGAACUAUUCAUGGGCCCAUUGGUUGACUUCGAAAAACUGGAGACUUUAUGGACAAGCUACGAAGAUCUCAUAAGUCCAGAAAAUGAUGAAGAAGUCGGGCCAGCUCUAGAGGACCCUUGCCUUUCAGACGUCCUACCGCCAUCUAUCAUCACCUUGAAUUUGAGUGGUGUUCCCGAAGAUAGUGUGGCUCAAGUAGUGAGAGUUGCAGAUCUUAGUCCUGAAUCUUAA